AUGUCCGCUCGUAGCACGCGUCUCAAGGAUGAGGGAACAAAACUCCAAGUUGUGUCCGCCGGCGCCAUAGCAGGUCUUGUGUCUCGCUUCAUCGUCGCGCCGCUGGACGUCGUGAAAAUCCGUCUCCAGCUUCAGCCAUACUCCCCCUCCGACCCCCUCAGCCCCUUGCGCACCGCGCCCGCGUGCCGCGGCACCGUCGCCACGCUCAGGCACAUCCUCCGGCACGAAGGCCUCACCGCACUCUGGAAGGGCAAUGUCCCCGCGGAGCUGCUCUACGUCUGCUACGCCGCCAUACAGUUCACCACGUAUCGCACCACGACGCUGUUUCUGCAGACGGCCCUGCCGACAAGGCUGCCCGACGCGGCCGAGAGCUUCAUCGCGGGCGCGUCCUCGGGCGCCCUCGCCACCUCGAUUACGUAUCCUCUCGACUUGCUGAGGACGAGGUUUGCCGCCCAGGGCCGCCGCAGGAUAUACACCUCCCUGAGGAGCGCCGUGCGCGACAUCAGGCGGGACGAGGGGUACCGGGGCUUCUUCCGGGGCAUCAGCCCUGCGCUGGGCCAGAUCGUGCCCUUUAUGGGCCUCUUCUUCGUCACGUACGAGGGGCUGCGGAUCCAGCUGUCGCGCUUCAACGUGCCGUGGGGCGGCGAGGACGCCACCGCCGGUGUUGUCGGCAGCAUCGUGGCCAAGACGGCCGUGUUUCCCUUGGACCUGGUCCGGAAGAGGAUACAGGUCCAGGGCCCGACGAGGACUCGCUACGUCUACGGCGACAUACCCGAGUACACGAGCGCCCUGCGAGGAAUCGCCGCCAUUGCACGCACAGAGGGACUUCGCGGGCUGUACAAGGGCCUCCCCAUCAGCCUGAUAAAGUCUGCGCCCGCUAGCGCUGUCACCGUGUGGACAUAUGAGCGCAGUCUCAAGCUGUUGAUGAAUCUCGAUGCAAGUCGAGAGGCUCAAUUAUAA